GGGAAGGGAAGGGGAGAACAGCACAUCAAUCAGUUACAAGGAAAAGGAAAGAGCAGCUUGAAGAGCUGAUAUUCUUCCUCUUGCAAAAGGGACACUCUGGGCACUGAGUAUCAGGUGGUGUCCAGGGAAGCCGGGUGAGGGAGCUGGGAAAGGCGGCUCCUCCCUCGGAGUGGGAGGCUGUACCUGGUGAUUAAGGAGUUGAGCUUAUGCUGAGUCCUGGAGGAACCUGUUGGGAGGAGCUCAGGAGUGCAGGAGGGGCAGAAAAGACGUGAAGACGGACACAGGACUAAUCCAGCAAGAGAGACACCUCUCGGCAUCAGCAGCUCCAGUCAUGUUCAACUACCUGGCAGUCGAGGUGAGGCCCCAGCUCCACCGCAGCUAUGGGAGCCAGCAAGGGGUGUCUGGGCCACUGAAGAGCCGCCUGGAGCAGCUAAAGAAGCCGUGGUGGAGGGAGCCCACCCCACUGGUGCUCCAGCACAGCGAGACAGCCAGGCUGGCCAUCGACGCCUUUCUCGAGCAGGGGGAGCGUGGCUACCUGAGCGCCAUCGCCGAGGAGAGGGAGCUGCCAUUUCUUUCCACCUUGGACAUGGAAUACAUCAGCCACCAGAGGAACCAAAGCUUCCCAGACCCCGGUGCAACAAAAGACAAAGAAGCUGACCCUGGUGAUGCGGACACUGGAGACAGGUUCUCCCUCAACUCUGAACUGACAUCGGGCACCUACUUCCCCCUCAUGUCAGAUGUGCUCCCUCCGGAGCUGGAGCUGGGGUGGCCAGGGACACCUCUCCUCACGCUGUCUGGCCAGACUCAGGCCACUGUGAUUUUCCAAAGGAACAAAACAAACAGCAUUAAGGAUUUGGUCCGGUCUCUGAUCAGCCGGGCGCGGACGGUGAUAGCAAUUGUGAUGGAUCUGUUUACAGACAUGGAAAUUCUGUGUGACCUGCUGGAGGCCUCAAGCAGACGGCACAUCCCCGUUUACCUGAUCCUGGAUGAGGAGUACUUGAAGCAUUUUGUGGAAAUGUGCAAUAAAAUGGCUCUUACUCAGGACAGCUUCCCAAACAUGCGCAUAAGAUGCCUGAGUGGAGACACAUACUACAGCAAAGCAGGCAAGAAAUUUGCAGGCCAGGUUCUGGAGAAGUUUGUCCUGGUUGAUUGUGACCAAGUUCUUGCUGGUACAUACAGUUUCACCUGGCUUUGCAGCCAAGUCCACACUGGCCUGGUGACCCACUUCCGCGGGCAAAUUGUUGCAGAGUUUGAAAAGGAAUUCCGGUACUUGUACGCAGAGUCCAGAGCAGUGACCAGCUUCUGUGUGCCGGAUCCCGGGACGUGUCUCUCUUCUUGGAAUACCUCAAAAGCUGACAACUGUCUUCUAAAACCCACUCAGGGAAAUGACACUGAGACCCUGAGCCCCUCUAGCAGCCUUUCCAAUGUGAGCAUUAGGAGCAUAAAAGUGUCUCCCUUUAUGAAAAACUCCAGCUGCAGUGCACACCAGGAAAAGCAAGAUUCCAGCUCUGAUUCUGGCAAUAAGAAGGGGAAGGAGGAAACAUUCCUGAAGCCCACUUGCCCUAAACAGCAAGAAGAACCACCAGACUCAGCAAACAGUCCUCCAAAUAAACACACCCCAGCCUUGUAUCCCAAAUCAAACCUCAUAACAGCAAGGACAUUCCUGCAGCCGGAGCCUUCCUCCAAUAAACCUGGUAACCAGGGGGACACUAAGGCCAACAGCAGCCACUGCUCCCCACCGAGAGCGGGGCAGCCGCUCCAGUCCCUGUCGGAGGGCACUGGCAGCAACGGGACCAGCCUGAAGCAGAGAGCACUUGUGGCCACCACUGGGGAGCUGCCAGCUGAAAAUGAGAAUGUGUUUUAUGGGGUAGAAAAGAGACAGAGCCCUGGACAUGGCCAUUUUGACCUUUUCUCCCCAUACAACCACCUCAAACGGGAUAAAAAGUCCGUAGUGCCUUGCUAUGACAAGUUCCCAGAGGAUGUGCUGCUGGAAAAGAACAGCGCGUACGGGGCGGAGAAGAGAAUGACUUUGGGGCACAGCAAGCUGGACCUGAUCACCAAGUACAACAAACUAAAAUCCAAACACAUACACAGUCGGUUCGAACUCUGACCUGGGCCUCGAGCUGGCCUCUGCUCUGAUUUUCCAGGGGGUUGCUUUUCCCUGCCAAUCAUCAUGCCUGGGGCUCGGAAUCAAAACAUUAGUCUUGUUCCUGUUGAAAGGUGUCUAAUCUAUGUAGAUGACUGAUUCAGACGAGAUUAGCAACUGCAGCUCAAAUUUUCAAUUUCAUGAUUGUGGCAGGAGGGAGAAAAGCAUAUAAAUCUAAUCCACAUUCUUUUUACCCAUUUCAGAAAGAACCAUUUCCCCUCAAACUUACAGCAAAGCCAUUGCUAUACCUGGAAAUUGGCCACUGAGGUCUUCAGGGUGAGCCCUGGUUCUCUCCAUGCUGAGCAAUUCCUCUCCCUGUACCCAUAUGGUGAAAAUGAAAUGGCCAAAGGCAGGGCAAUGUGAAAAAUAAAGGAGUUGUUCUGCUGGAAAAA